CUUAAUUCUGUCUUGUUUUCUAUAUUCAGGGGCAUGAGUCAUAAUGUGACUUGGUCUUUUGGACAAUCACUUCUGGAUAUGUUUUUGGCUCCUGAAUCACCUCCUUGCAGUUUCCCAGGUCCAGAAUGCCAAGCCACAAGCAGCAUCCAGUUCAGUCGUACUGGCACACCCUCAGUGGACAUCCCCACAUCCAGGCUCACCUGCGACCAACAAAACUUGAACCAACUCAAUGAAACCCUUUGUGCAGAAAUUUUAGCAGCAACGUCUCAGGAAUCUUACAUACUUUACCAGAUGUGUCAAGCGCUCCGCACACUCUCUCAAACCGAAGUGACAAAGGUCUGGAGGAGCACGUGUCACAUGAUCCAAAACGUCGUCUUACCUCUCGUGGAACCCUGCAGCGAUCCUGCCACUGCACAGUCAAGACGUAUUGCGAGGUCCCCCCUUAGCCUCAGCGAACUCCUCUGCGACUACCAGAACUGGACUGCCAGUGGUUCCGUGGACCCGGCUCUGGUCACAAUGUGCAGUGAAAAUGAUCGUCCGGCAUUUAUCCUUGGUGUGUGUAACAAUGCUGAAGCUAUGCAAUUGCUGGUCAGAAAUCCCAUUAAUGCCUGGGUGUGGGAAUUCUGCGCAAACACGUCAGACACAUACAUAGUGAACCUGUAUUGUUCAUAUAACACGUGGACCACUGAAACCAUCGACCCAUCAAUAGUGACGUUCUGCUGGUAUAAUGACAUGGACAGAUUUGAGGGGCUAUUGUGUGACAGUACGGUCUUCUUUAUGGUUGUGUACUCCAGUGAAGAAAACAACUGGCUUAAGCCCAAUUGCUCUGAACCUCCUCCACAAAUCGACAUCAACACCAUGGUGGCUCAGUCUUGCAAAUACUCAGAAUGGAAGAACUUAAGAGCAGUCACCCCUGAACAGAUAUCUCUAUGUAUCCAAAAUGACGAGAGUCGAUUCAUUAAUGAGGUGUGUGUUAACCACACGUUCGUCACUGUACUUGUGCUUUACAGCGGGAAUACCUGGGUAGCACAAUAUUGCACUUACUCUAUCAGCAAUCCCCCCACGAGCCCACCACCGGUAAGAACUGAAGUCUGGUGUAACUACAACAAAUGGACUAACAUGUCUGUGGAUCCGACUGUGGUUGCUCUGUGCUGGCAGUACGACCAGAUAGGCUUUCGUCAGAACGUCUGCUGCAACUUGACCUUGUAUGAGAAGUUGUCUCUUCAUCUCGACAACCAAUGGGUGAUUAGAGAGUGCUCUAAUAAUGACACCACGAAAGUGUUGGCGCAGGUUUGUGUCUAUUCAGAUUGGAGCCAGCCUAUUAUUGUAGACAUGAGCGACCUUGCUCUCUGUGCCGAUCUUGAUGCUGAGAACUUCACUCGGAAUGUAUGUGCCAAUGUUACAGUUCUCCAGAAUUUGCUGGCCAAUUUAGACAACACCUGGUUAUUGGAGCAAUGCUCAAACCUGACUGCGUCUGGCCCAGGCGGUGGGGCUGGGAACGGGGGGAGCCUGAUGGGUUUCCGCCCGGCUGAGCAGUGUCAGUACUCCAGUUGGGCUUUGGUCCUCCCGGAGGCUUCUCUCCUCGCUCUUUGCUGGGACUAUGACCAGGCCAACUUUAUCUCCUUUGUCUGUGCUGACUCUUUCAUGCUCGCCCACAUCACUCAGGAGGCCUCCAGCCUCUGGGUCGGCACACUCUGUGCCACGUACACAGAUCCCCAUAUCGAGAGUCCAAAUGGGAGCGCAACUGCUCCUCCAUGUCUACCUAGGGAGUUAGCUAAGAGGCUAAACUGGACCUGCAGCGCAGACUUCAGCGUUGUCUGCCAACCAGGUGGCAGUCAAGUCCAGGGCCUUUGGAUGCUGUUGCGCUGUGGGAUAGAGAUUCUCCAACCUCGCUUGGAGAAUCUCAUGACUACAAAGGUGACAUCAGUGGUCGAGCAGGCCACCAGCCUGUGGAUUGUCCUGCUGUUGGCUCUAGAAGAAAGCCAGAUGACCUCUCUGAGGGUGACCGAGAAUAUUCGGCUUAGUGUGCUGGAGUCAAUUAUCGUCUACAUGGACAAUGAGGCCAACUUUGACAAUAAGCGUGUGCUUUUGCAAUGCUUUGAGAAAGUUCUGACCAGUCUGAUGCAAACAGGAAGAGUUGUUCCCACUAACUUUUUUCUGAUCAAGGAGUAUUUUCGAAUUCCUCUUUCUCAUCUGAGAUCAGUGCUCAGUGCAGCGGACAUCAGAAUUGUAAGGGAGGUUCUGCUGUACUAUAAUAGGAACCAUGCCACUUUGCAGCUAACAGAUGAUUACCUGCACACUAUGGUGUCCGUGCUUUUCCAAAUACACCUGCCUAGGGAUAUUAGCCUGUUCCCUGACAUGGGCCUUUUGUUGGCUCUGGCUACACCUUCAGACAUCAUGUCAAUGCCACCGCUACAAAACAACAUCAAUGCGUUAAGCAUCAUUAACUUCAGCAUCAAAAACCUUUCCCUGGAGCAGCAGCAAGCAUUUGGUCGAUGGUUCAGUCGGUCCAUGAGCUUGCCCAACAUGACAGCCGGUAGCUUAUCCUUCAUCAGAAACACUGGUAACCUGAUCGCCUAUCUGCCCUUCCAGAGCUUCCAGUACCUCUCACCUGCUCAGCUGCUGGAUGGUUUGGAUGUCUUAAAGAGUAACACCUUGGGUCUCCUCAAGCAGCAGUUCAUCGCUCAGAGUCUCACUGGAGCCUUCAAUAAUCUCACAGCAGACCAGUUCAGGAGGUUAGGUAAUCUGUCCUGUUUGGCUCACCCCAGCGAGCUGAUGGCAUAUGCAGGAACAGAAGCCUUUUCAGUGAUCCAGGACAACAUUAGAACAUGUGCUAUCCAGGGAUUUAGUGUUCCUAGUAAUAUGAUAUCCAGCUUGGUCUUGAAAGCAUCUGAGCUGCAGUCUCCCUCCAGUCUCUCUCCUCAGAGAGUCUCUCAGCUUGCCCCUUUUCUACCCCUGCUGGGAUCCAGCGUCCUGCAGCAGCUCACCUCAGCCCAGCUCAUGCCUGCCCUCAGCACCCUCGCCUCUGUGCCUUUCACCCCAGCACAGGCUGGUGUUAUCGUCGACAAGAUCUCAGCCAAUUUGAGUCUGGCUCUGCCUGGCUCUGGCCAUUUGUCUAUGCUGGGGUCUCUUGUGAGUGGAGUAAAGGUGGAGACUCUAUGGACUUUACAGUCUGAUAUUCUGCUGGAAGCUUUACCUGGCAUGAGCCUUCAGACACCUGGGCUCACCCCCCCUCAGGCCAACGCUAUCAUCUGCAAACUCUGGGGUUCUAGGUCUGUGUCCCAGUGGAUGGAUAAAGUCAAACCUUUGCUCUCAAGCACUCCACUCUUCAUUGUGAUUCCCCAAGUACCUCUACUGCUGGUCAGAGACACUGCUGUUAACACUCGCCUCUGGAACACACAGCAGGCUAAAGUUCUCUUUAAAGAGGCAAUCUUCGCCCACCCAAGUCUCUCCCAACACGAAUAUAUGUCUCUGGGGACAGUGGCUACGGGAGUGAAUUGCAUAGAUCUUAGAAGACUGUUCCAAAACCUGGCAUCUCUAUCUCCUCUACGUGACAUUCUGAAGUUUCUGAGAGAGCAGCCUGUGCCACUCCACCCCUCAUUGAUAAAGUGUGUAAUUGAGGAACUGUAUGAGUUUGACUUCUUCUCAGAGUUACUUGGAGAUUUGGGCUCUCAGAUCGCACUGUCACUUCCGCUGAGCACUAUUAAGAAAUUUCCACCAGAUAAGAUGGAUUCCCUGAGGAAAAUGAUAGUACAGGAGCCACAUUUCUUCCUACUGCUUUCCAGCACCAAACAAGCUGUCCUGGUGGACAAGAUGGUUCAACGACUGAAUAUGUACACUGGCCUGUACACUGAAGAGGAGUUUCGUUCGCUAGGUGUCAUGGCUACGUUUGUGGCAGAUGAAAUGUUUUUGAAUUUGGAUAGGAGCUUCUUUGUAGAUGGUCUGGAGUUCCUACAAGGUUUCUGCUACAACGCCAAUAAAAGAAACCUGGUGGCAGACAUGCUAAUGGAACCGAGGACAUUUGGCCAUGUACAAAACUGGACAUCAGAGACACUGGACCAAGUGGACCGUUUCUUGUUUUUUCUUCCGAAGGAGAUUAUUCAACUCAUCCCCUUAGGUUUGAUGAGCUUGGAGCGCAUUGAGAAACUGUUCCUGAGUCAGCAGAAGUGGGAGAGAGGAGAGCUUGGUUCUCUGUGUCAGAAACCCUCCGAGCUGUUUGACAAGCAGCAGUUUGUACUUCAGUUCUUCCUCGGCUUCCUCAGAGUGGGACGCGCCACUUUUUCGGGGCUGAUCCCCACUUGUGAGAGCCUGCAUGUGACACAACCUGCUGCCUGGACUAUUGAUAGCCUUAGAAACAUGCCACUAGCCGCAUUUCGGAGGUGCUUGGAGCUCAUUGGCCAGGAUCCCUUUUUCAGUGCAUUCCAGCUGUCAGUGCUCCUUACAAAGACCAAGGAGGUAUAUGGGAUGCCUUCCUCUUUUAACUCUUCUAUAAUCUCUCAGUUGGGUCGCAUUGCCACUCAAUUCUUACUUGACGAAUUGGCCUCUCUUAGACUUUAUGAAAUUCAGUCAAUUUCAGCUAUGGGGGCUCUCAACACGUGGACCAGCAGACAGUUGAAAACAUUAUUCUCCACGGUGCUGAACUCGACCAGAAAGACUCCUAGCCAGUUAGACUCCAGCACUUUUGUGGCUUUGGGGCACAUUGUGUGUGGGAUAGAUGCACCAGUCAUGCGCAGUUUGAAUCCUGUCGAGUUCAGUAAGGCAGUUUUGUGGCUGGGUCGUUUGCGCUUGUCCUGUUCUGAGGAGCAGCUGCAGGCAUUGGUAGGACUGCUCAGUCAUAGCUUGACAUUUGGACCGGUCAGCUCCUGGGGAUCAGAGGUCUUUAUUGAGAUAGGAGCGAUUGCAGCGGGGCUGCCUGAUAUAGCCAUGUCUGCUUUGGUGAGGGAACAAAUUGAAGGAAUCACGCCACUUGCCAUCUCUCUCAUCCCAGCGGGCAAAUUUGCAGUAGUGUUUAACCAUGCACAGAUUCGUAUGUUCACCUAUGAUCAGGCCAUUGCUGUAACUGACGCCCAGCGCUCCGCUCUAUCUCCAGUUCAGGAGACGGCCCUGUACAUGGUGCUCAACCCCUGGGAGGACAAACCUGUUGAUUUCAGAGGCAGGUCACUGGGAGUUGCUGUGAAGUCCUGUGCUUUUCUCUACCUCUCCAGCAUCCUGAUAAUGCUUCUGCUGCUUUCUCCUGCUGAUCCUCUGGGAUGAGUUAGGUCUGUCGCUGUUCAGUUGAACUUUCCUUCCGAAAUAUGUGCAAUAUGAUGUAACAGUUACACUCUAUUUAAAGGUGUCUUUGUUGCACUGUAAUCAUGUACUAAUUGGUUAUGUAAUAUAAACAUUAUGUAAUAUUUCAGUACUGCUUAAUAUUAAGUAACUACAUGUACUUACUAUAGGUUUAGGAUUUGGUUUGGUUUAGGGUAAGUUGCAUGUAAUUAAGCAUAAU